CUGAAAACGAUGAGGAGGAUAAAUCACGAGGGAGAGAGGUGCUUCGUCUUUCCGAAAGUAGCCAAAAAAGGAAGCAGCUGUAAUCAAUCAGACGAAGAAUGAUCUCCCCGCGCAAGCUCAAAUCCGUUGAUUUCUAUAGGAAAAUCCCGAGGGAUUUGACAGAGGCGAGUCUCUCUGGAGCUGGACUCUCCAUUGUAGCAGCCCUCUCUAUGCUACUCUUAUUUGGAAUGGAAUUUAGUAGUUAUUUGGCUGUCAGCACAACGACGUCCAUCGUUAUUGAUAAGAGCUCUGAUGGAGACUUCUUGCGCAUGGAUUUUAACAUAAGUUUCCCGUCACUUUCAUGUGAAUUCGCUGCUGUGGAUGUCAGUGACGUCUUAGGAACUAACAGGCUGAAUGUAACAAAGACAAUUCGGAAGUUUUCUAUUGAUUCGAAUCUGAGACCCACUGGUUCUGAGUUUCACUCCGGAAAUGUUUUAUCCCACGUUAAUCAUGGAGAUGAAUCUGGUGAAGAGUUAGUUGAAGGUUCUGUAUCACUUAGUUCCCGCAACUUCGACACAUUUUUACAUCAGUAUCCAAUCUCGGUUGUUAAUUUCUAUGCUCCUUGGUGUUAUUGGUGUAAUCUCCUGAAACCAUCAUGGGAGAAAGCAGCAAACCAAAUAAAAGAGAGAUAUGAUCCAGAAAUGGACGGACGUGUUAUUUUGGCAAAAGUUGACUGCACCCAAGAAGUUGAUCUCUGUCGGAGGAAUCACAUACAAGGGUAUCCAUCCAUUCGGAUUUUCCGCAAAGGCAGUGAUCUUAGGGAUGACAAUGCACACCACGAUCAUGAAUCGUACUAUGGAGAUCGUGAUACAGAAAGCUUAGUAAAGAUGGUGAUAGGUCUGGUUGAACCAAUCCAUCUAGAGCCCCAGAAACUAGCAUUAGAGGACAAAUCAGACAAUGCAUCGAAAACAUUAAAGAAGGCACCUUCGACAGGAGGAUGUCGAAUUGAAGGAUACAUGCGUGUAAAGAAGGUUCCAGGCAACCUAAUGGUUUCAGCUCGCUCGGAAUCUCAUUCAUUUGAUUCUUCUCAGAUGAAUAUGUCCCAUGUCGUUAACCAUCUUUCAUUUGGACGGAGGAUUACGCCUGAAACAUUUGCUGAUUUAAAACGCUUGGCACCGUAUCUCGGCGGAAGCUACAACCGUUUGGACGACCGCUCCUUCAUAAACCAACAUGAUAUUGGCCCUAAUGUUACCAUCGAGCAUUAUCUUCAAAUAGUAAAGACAGAGGUAUUGAAUAGCAAUGGACAUGCACUGAUUGAGGAGUAUGAGUACACAGCACAUAGCAGCGUUGCUCAUAGUUACUAUUUACCAGUCGCCAAGUUUCACUUUGAGCUCUCACCGAUGCAGGUUCUCAUAACCGAAAACUCCAAAUCCUUCUCACACUUUAUUACCAACGUAUGCGCCAUUAUCGGUGGUGUCUUCACGGUUGCGGGAAUCUUGGAUUCUAUUCUCCACCAGACGAUGACACUGAUGAAAAAGAUUGAACUUGGUAAAAACUUUUGAAGAAAGGUUUCAUAUCGUUUGCUAUGUAACGAAUCCGAAUUUUUUACCUUUACCACGAACAAAUGAGAUGAAACUAUAAAGUUAAUACGGUUACAAGUAUUUUCGAUAA